GGUAACGGUAGGAUGAAGUCAGUGCCGCGGCCCGUGCUGUCUCUGUUGUGUGUGUUGGGCGCUGUGCUGUUGGCCAAUGCUGGCGGUGGCUUCCUCAGCGCCCGUCUCCUGCCCCCCUCUGUCCCGGACCCUUCCGCCCGUAGCCUCGGGUCCUUCCUCCUCCUUAUUCUGCUAGCUCUGGGACUAUGGACAUGUUGGGAGCUAUCCCGGCCACUGGAGUUGCUCCGGACCCCCGAGGAGGUGGGCUACAUUCCUGAAAGGGGCCGAGGCAAGGCAUACACUGCCAACCUAGUGCGGAAGAGGCGAAAGAAGGGCGACCUGCCCCCCGUGUACCCCAAUGGCUGGUACCUUCUGCUGGACUCCCACCUGCUGGAGCCCGGCACCGUCCAAAACCUCACCGCCUGCGGCGAACAAGUGGCGGUAUACCGGACUAUGGAUGGCAACGUGUAUGUCUUGGAUGCCUACUGCCCUCAUCUCGGUGCCAAUCUUGCCGUGGGAGGUAGAGUUGUUGGAGAUUGCUUAGAGUGCCCGUUUCAUGGCUGGCAGUUCCAUGGAAAGGAUGGGAAGUGCGUCAGUAUACCAUAUGCUGAAAAAGUGCCAGAGUUUGCCAAGAUUACAAAAUGGCCAAGCUGUGAGAUAAAUGGAAUGGUGUUUAUGUGGUAUCACUGUGAUCAUAUUGAGCCCACUUGGACCAUCCCAGAACAGGAGGAAAUCACCAGUAAAAAGUGGGUGUACAGGGGACGUACUGAGCACUAUGUAAAUGCACACAUAGAGGAAAUACCAGAGAAUGCAGCGGACGUUGCCCAUCUUGCUUUUCUGCACGAGCCGAACAUCCUGAGUGGGGGUGACUUAAGAUAUACUAAGUCGCGGCUAUGGGAAUUUGCCAGACACUCCUGGAAGGUUCAGUGGGAAGCAGAGCCAGCCCCCAAUAACCACUGUUCUAAGAUGACACUCAGUCACGGCUUACUGGUUUUUGGGAUACACUUCUCAGUGCUUGAUCUGAAUGUUGUUGCUCGCCAGGUCGGACCUGGAGUAGUCAUGUUGACCUUUAAACAUUCCUUCUUGGGCCAAGGCAUGAUUCUGCAUUGUGUCACCCCAGUGGAGCCUCUCCUACAGAAAGUAUCUCACAGCAUCUACUACCAGAAGAAUGUCCCCGCCUUUAUCCCCAGAUUUAUUAUGAUGGCAGAGUGUACCCAGUUCGAACGGGAUGUGAUGGUCUGGAACAACAAGAAAUACCUUAGCAAGCCCCUAUUGGUUAAAGAGGAUGCGGCCAUUGCCAAACACCGCCGGUGGUACUCCCAGUUCUACAGUGAAAACAGCCCUAGGCUUACCUUCCAGGAAGAUGGCCUGAACUGGUGAAUAAAGGGACACUUUCUAUGCUCUCUAUGUAAAACCUGUGUUUUUUUUUAUACAAAAG